CGGAUAAGCAAACUAUCCUUUCCAUAUUCAUCUUUCCUUUUCAAAAAUCUCUCUCCCAUCUCUGUUGUCUCUCUUAACAUAAUACCUAGAGAUCCUUACUUUGUAAACAUAUAUUGCAAGAAUUAGGUACGUGUGGUGUAGGAUCUUUUCUGAAGUUAGGGUAAACAUGGUGAAAUCUGAGAAGAAGAAGAAACAAAACAACAAUGGUAAUAUGGGCGUGUUAGGAGUCGGGGUGAAGAAAGGGCCAUGGACGCCGGAAGAAGACCGAAAGCUCCUGUCUUACAUUCAACAAUAUGGUCAUGGAAGCUGGCGCUCAUUGCCCGCUAAAGCCGGGCUUAAGAGAUGUGGAAAGAGUUGUCGGUUAAGAUGGACGAAUUACCUGAGGCCAGAUAUCAAGAGAGGAAAGUUUAGUUUGGAAGAAGAAAGGACCAUCAUUCAACUUCAUGCUCUACUUGGCAAUAGAUGGUCAACUAUUGCUGCUCACUUGCCAAGAAGGACCGAUAACGAGAUCAAGAACCAUUGGAACUCACACAUCAAGAAGAGGAUGACUAAAAUGGGUAUUGAUCCAAUGACUCACAAGCCAAAGAAUGGCAGUCAACACUUGAGCUCCAACUUGAACCACAUGGCUCAAUGGGAGGCUGCUCGGCUAGAGGCAGAAGCUAGGCUGGUUCAAAAGCCCAAGAACCAUCAAACCCAACCACCUUGCGGCCUUGUUUCAUCUUCUAUCCAAGACCAUCAGAAAACACCUACAAAAGUUCCACCAUCAUAUCCACCAUGCCUUGAUGUCCUUAAAGUAUGGCAAGGAAACUUAUGGUCGAAUUAUGCUAUCAACAAUGAGAGUCUCCAGUCACUCAUCUCGAACUCAAAUGCUUCGGUUGCAACACCCGCCAUGCCGGUAUUGAGCCACGUCUACAACAUCAACGGUUCAUGUGAUCAAGGUCCUACCACUAAACACAAUGAUGCAACCGAAAUAAAAAUGGAUCCUUUUGAGGAUUUCACAUAUGUUGAUGAUGCAAACUUUGUCAAUGAUGAUCCCUUGAGGUCCCCUGAUUUCUGGGAAGAAUUUGUUGAUCUUCUGGAUGGUGGUUGGAAAAACAUAACCAAUAACUUCUCCAUGAUCACUUCACCACCAGCUUCUCCUGUGUGCUAAUAAAUUGUCUUGAUAACCAAGAAUGGUAAUAAAUGAUAGAAAUUGAGUUCUAAUUGUAGCUUCAUUAAUGUGUUAGGAGAAAUUAUGUAAAACUAGCAUGGCUAGGACUUCAGUGUAGACCAAUAACAAUAAUCAUGACUUUGUUUGAUUAAA